AUGGGAUUCUAUAUGCCAUCUGUCUUUGUUGAACGCUCGUUCGCCUCAAGAUAUAUAAAUGACUAUGAAAAGUAUCCUCGAAAAUGGAUCCACAGAACUAUUCUUGUUUUCACCUACAUUAUAUCGGCGAUCCUCGCCCUCGGUCAAGUGAUAGGAUUCGUCGAUGUAGUUAUUCUCUCCAUAUCUUUCAUCGCACUUUUUAUUACCUACUGCUCAACGUACACAGUCCUUUUCCGUCGAGAUUUCGUUAAAGUACGAGAAAUGCUUCGUAAUGUGCCUCGAAAAAAUGUUCUUUACAGUCUCAGUACGAAGUUCCAAUUGAAAGAAAAUCUCAGAGUGAUGAAGGUAUUAAUGCAGCUAUCGUUAAUGUGGGCUAUAAGCGCUGUGGGCGCAUGUCUGUCAUUUAUUAUUCCUCAGACAGUGUUAGUGAAUUGUCUGCUGUGUGAGCAGAUCUGCCAUGCGCUCAUGGACGUAUGUGUUGCCAUAUGCCUCGACAUAAUCACAGCGUUAUUUGCUGCGUCUCUUGGCCUUGUCCGCUUUCGUUGUUGGUCACCGAAAGGUGUUAAAGUUGGAACGGUCUAUGCCAGUCGAACAAUCAACGAACAUCGCGGCGCCUCGAGUUUGUACUUCGACCAACUCACUCGAAUGUGGAAGGCAGAUCUUGGAAAAUCAUAG